GUGCCGGCCGAACCUUUGUUCAUUAGACACAAGGAUGAAAGCGGUCGUGUUAUUUUUGGCAGCGGCGUGCCUGGCCCACGCCACGGAGGUGCCGCAACGCACCGCCACUAAACAGUACUUGGUCAAGCAGAAGUGUAUCUACGAACUGUUCGCGCACGUUGACCAGCCGACCGUCUACCAUCCGGAACUCUACCAAAAAGCACGAGCUUUCAGCAUCGAAGACAACAUUUCUUCCUACAAUGACCAGGCUGUUGUUACCGAGUUUCUGCAGCGAUUUAAACAUGGGAUGCUACCACGAGGCGAGGUAUUCUCCAUGAUGUACCCUCUGCAUCAUGACGAGAUGAUCUGCCUGUUCCGCCUCUUUUACACCGCCAAGGAUUUUGACACCUUCUACAACACGGCAGUGUUUGCGCGAUUCCACAUGAACGAGCACAUGUACAUUCACGCUUUGACCAACGCUGUGUUACACCGCCAAGACACCAACACUCUCCGUAUACCGCCAUUGUACGAGAUUAUCCCUUACGUUUUCAUGAACGAAGAUGUCUUACAUAAGGCUUACCACAUCGCGAUGGGUAACACUGGUAUUGUAGGCGUAAAGAAGACGACCGUCGGUAGUGUCGACACUUUCUACAUUCCCACCAAUUACACCGGUUCUUACAUCGUCAGGGAUGAAGUGCCAGAAAACCAAAAGCUGAGCUAUUACCAUGAAGACAUCGGCCUAAACGCUUACUACUUCAUGUCAUACCACGAGUUCCCGUCGUUUAUGAAUAGCGUGGAGUACAACAUGCCCCAGAACGUUCGCGGCGAAAUGUUCAUGUACUUGCACAAACAGAUGCUCCUUCGCUACUAUUUGGAGAGACUAUCCAACAACAUAGGCGAGAUUGAUUACAUCGAUGUGAACAAACCUAUCGUCACCGGUUAUUAUCCGUCGAUGCAUUACCACAACGGAGUGCCGUUUAUCCAACGUCCUGUUAACUCUGAAAUUCCACUCCAUGUUCAUCGUUACGUUCAGGCUCUGCAAGACUUCCACACUCGCAUAUCCAACGCCAUCGACAGCGGCUACCUCGUCGACAAGAACGGCAAACGUACCAACAUCUACGAAUCCUUGGAUGGCUUGAACCAACUUUGCAAUGUGAUCCAUGGCAAUGCCGACUCUGUCAACGAAAAGUACUACGGCAAUGUGGAAUAUAUGUACAGAAAGAUCCUUGGCUUCGUCCCGGAUCCGAUCGACAAGUACCACGUCGUGCCCUCUUCUCUCCAUUUCGUUAGCACCAGCAUGAGAGAUCCCGCGUUCUACGGAAUAUUCAAGAACAUCGUUACCUAUUUGAUGAGAUAUAAGGAACACCUGCCGUGCUAUACGCACAAUGACCUUGUAUUCCCUGGCGUGAAGAUCGAGUCGGUCACCGUGGACAAACUGACGACCUUCUUCGACCACUUCGACUCGCUCGUCAAUAACGCCUUGUCGAUACCUAGCCAGGAAAAAGCUCACUCGAUGUUGAUCAAGGCGCGUCAGUAUCGUCUCAACCACAAACCCUUCACCUACCAUAUCACAGUGAAUAGCGACAAGAAUACGAAGGCCAGCGUACGCAUCUUCUUAGGACCGAAAUAUGACGUUCACGGCCACGAACUCGACAUAAGCGAGAAUUACAUGAACUUCUUGGAGAUGGACCAGUUUAUCGUUGACCUAAAACCUGGCACCAACAAGAUCGAGCGCAACAGCUACGAAUCGGUCUACGUAGUUCCUGACGAGGUGCCGAGCGACGUCCUGUAUAAGAAGAUCCUGAAGGCUAUCGAGAGCGACGAGACCUUCACUUACCCAAGUCAGCCGUACGGUUUCCCCGACCGUCUGCAACUUCCGAAGGGCAAGAAGGAAGGUCUGCCACUGAAGCUGUUCGUCUGCGUAACGGCGUUCGACGAGACCAAGUCCUUCAAGAUCCGAUCUCCUGUUAGGGGCCCAAGCGUGCUCGACGGCCGCCCGUUGGGAUAUCCGCUCGACAGACAUGUUCACAGCUUCAACUUUACCGUACCCAACUUCCACAUGAGAGACGUGCUGGUUUACCACAGACACGCUGAAGAACUGAACCUUACCGUGUAAAGCAAUCUCCCUGCAAACUUUGACCUUUAACCGGCCGAUCGUAUCCACUGAUUGUUUUCGUCUCUCUUUUGGCUAUGGUUUCAGACAAUGUGUGAUCUAUUAUCCCGCAUACAUACGAUAUUUCCCGUUUACAGCUUACAUUUGAUACGCGCAAUUGCCAAACUAACACAGCGUUUGACUCAAAUAAAGGAAGAGAAGCACGCACAGUAGCAACAUUGUCUUCUCGUGCCAUUGUGUUCUGUUUAAUGUAUCUGCUAUACAUCUGAAAUAAAUUCUCCGAAACAUUUUUUUACUUUA